AUGUUUGUGGCGUAUUCGACGGUAAACGCGAUGUUCGCCUACCACACUGUGGAUGCCUUAAAGAAGCUGAAGGCGAAGGAGGAGGAGGAGGAGAAGGAGAAGGAGAAGGAGAAGGAGAAGGAGAAGGGUGAAGAGCGCAUCCCCUUGGUUUGGAUCCACGAUUAUCACCUCAUGCUCGCUGCUAAUCAUAUCAGGCAGAGAGUUUAUGCAAGGUUGAAAGCAGUGACGGCUCAUCAAAGGAGGCAAGUUGAUUCUGCGGAAAAUCAGCUCCUGGAGGCCAGAGCCGAGAAGCCUUUGCCCCAUAGACAAAGCAAAGGGGUAUCCCGUAGCACACGUAAUGCUUUUGUUUGCGAGGAGGAGGAGGCAGGCCUCAAGGCUCGAAUGACGAAAGUGCUGGUUGCUGCGAGGCUGACGACUGGCUCAUAA